ACGUCGAACGGUUCGGCGAGACAGACCGCACGAAUUCUGUCGUACCAGUAAAUUCUCUUGGGAGAGAGAUAUCGCCUAUAUUGACCCAUGCCCUCUAUCCCCAUUCCGUCGCCCUACUUAUCUGGCCUCUCGGCUCUUGUAUUCUCCCUUACUUCCUAUCAUUUGACUCCGAGACACGCAACAAGAAUGACCAGCUCGUCGAUCCUAUUCUUCGCUACUAUUCUAUUGACGGUUAAUGCCGAUGUCGUCCAAUGGAAACCCUGCCCUACUGAACCUAAUACACCAUCAUUCUGCGAAAUUAAUGAAGUACGUGUCAACCCUUGUAAAGAAGCAGCACAAGGCAAAGCUUGCAAUCUGAAGAAAGGAGAAGAUGCAAAAAUAAGCUUUGAUUUUACUCCCAAAUUCACAUCAUCAAAACUGGAAUCACGUGCUUAUUGGGCUAAUCAGCUCGUUGAUUUGCCUUUAAUGGGUAUGAAAACCGACGCAUGUAAAGAUGGAACUGCUUGCCCGAUAAACAAAGAUGCUAAAAAUACUUACACAAUUAAUUUGCCUAUUUCGAAGAAAUAUCCUGUCAGACCGUUUGACGUCAAAUGGAAACUGUGGAACGUUGAGAAAGAAGAAGAAGCCUGCUGUUUUAUAUUCCAAAUAAAAUUAGUCAAAUAAAACCAAUCACGAAAU